CUCGCACUUGCUCUGAGACGCUGUGAAAGCCACAUACACCACUCACAUACUGGCAUACGCCUCCACCUCCACACAAGUACCCCAUUCAUCUGAACACGGUUCUCCACCGUACCUGUCCGGAUGAGCUACUCGGUAGACGUUCUCGGAAGUCCCUUCCGGAGAGUGAUGGACACUAGGACGACCUACAGCCGCAGCAGCGGCGGCGGCUCUGGCUCCAGCGGCUAUCGCUCGCAGACAUGGUCCCGGGCCAGUCCGAUCUCACCUGUAGCCUACAAGAGGACGAUGAACGCCGAGAGCAUGGACCUGAGCAUGGACCUGAACACACCGUCUUCUGCACUCAACGAGAAAGAGCAGCUGCAGGGUCUGAACGACCGCUUCGCCGUGUACAUCGACAAGGUGCACUUCCUAGAGGAGCAGAACAAGCAGAUCGAGGCAGAGAUCAACGCUCUGCGGAGGAAGCAAGUUUCCCGCACCCAGUUGAGCGACGAGCACGAGCGUGAGCUGCAGGAGCUCCGCGGCGCAAUCGAGCAGCUGCACAGUGACAAGGCGCGUCUGCAUAUCGACGCGGAGCGUCUUCAGGAUGACAUCCAGCGGCUGCGCGAACGUCUGGAAGACGAAGCCCGUGUGCGCGCCGACACCGAAGCGAUGACGCGCGUUCUGAAGAAAGACGCCGGCGACUCCACCCUGGCCAAAGCAGAACUUGAGAAGAAGAUUCAAGCCCUGCAGGACGAGAUCGCGUUCGUCCGCGGAGACCACGAGGAAGAGGUCAGCGAGCUGCUCGCACAGCUCCAGGCAUCGCAGGUCAUUAGUGCCGAUAAGAGGGAGUGGCAGAAGGCAGACAUCACCGACGCCCUGCGAGAUAUCCGCACCCAGCUCGAGGGUCACUCCAACCGCAACCUGCAGCAGGUAGAAGACUGGUUCAUGUGCCGCUAUGCCAAACUGACCGAGGCCGCAGAGCAGAACAAGGACGCCAUCAAGUCCGCCCGCGAUGAGAUCUCAGACUACCGGCGCCAGCUGCAGGCUAAAACCGUGGAGCUCGAAUCAGCCCGCGGAACCAAAGAUUCACUGGAGAGGCAACUGAGCGAUAUCGAGGAGAGACACAACUCAGACCUAUCCAGUCUCCAGGAAACCAUCCACCAGCUGGAUAACGAGUUGAAGAGCACGAAAUGGGAAAUGGCAAGACAUCUGCGUGAAUACCAAGACCUACUAAAUGUUAAAAUGGCCCUAGAUAUAGAGAUUGCAGCAUACAGGAAACUACUCGAAGGAGAGGAGACCCACUUCAGCACAUACCCUUAUCGCCAGACUGUCACCAAAGGCCCCAAGGUCAAGGCAGAACCUCCCAAACUGAGGGUUCAGCACAAGUUUGUGGAAGAGAUCAUUGAGGAGACUCGAGUAGAAGAUGAAAAAUUGGAAAUGGAUGAGGUCUUGGCAGAGAUGGCAGCAGAAUUUUCUGAAAAGAAAGAUGAUGAUGCAGAGGCAGAUGAAGCUGAAGAGGAAGAAGCUGAAGAGAAGGCUGAGGAGAAAAAAGGAGAAGAGGAAGAGAUUGUCGCUUCUAGCCAGGCCGAAGUGAGUGCCAGUGCUCCUGCUGAUGAAGCUGAGGAAGAUGAGACUAAAGAAGGUGACGAGGAAGAAGGUGAUGAUGAAGGAAAGGAUGAUGAAGAAGGUGAGGAAGAAAAGGAAGAAGAAAAGGAGGAAGAAAAGGGAGAAGAUGCAGAGGAAGGUGAAGAAGGAGAAGGCGAAGAGGAAGCAGAAGUCGAGGAAACUGUCUUGAGCACCAAGGCACCUGAGUCAAAGGCCUCACCUGAGAAGGAAACAGCUGAAGAAAAAGCAGAUGCUGAAGAUGAACAGGGUGAAGAAGACAAAGCUGAUGAGAAAGAAGUAGAAACAGAGGAAAAAGAAUCUGAGAAAAAGGAUGAGGCUGAGAAAGAGGACAAAAAAGUAAAAGAUGAUAAGGAGACCACUGACAAGGCUGAGUCUCCUAAAGCAGAAUCACCAAAGGAGUCUCCAAAGAGUGAGUCUCCUAAGGCUUUAUCACUAAAGAGUGAGAGCCCCAAAGCUACUUCUCCUAAGAGUGAGACCCCUAAAGCUACUUCUCCUAAGAGUGAGAGCCCCAAAGCUACUUCUCCUAAGAGUGAGACCCCCAAAGCUACCUCUCCUAAGAGUGAGACCCCCAAAGCUACUUCUCCUAAGAGUGAGACCCCUAAAGCUACUUCACCUAAGAGUGAGACCCCCAAAGCUGCUUCUCCUAAGAGUGAGACCCCCAAAGCUACUUCUCCUAAGACUGAGACCCCCAAAGCUACCUCUCCUAAGACCGAGAGUCCCAAAGCUACUUCUCCUAAGAGUGAAAGCCCAAAAGCUACUUCCCCUAAGAGUGAGAGCCCAAAGGCUACUACUCCUAAGAGUGAAAGCGAAAAGGUUCCAAAAGCAGAGGAAGCUAAGAAAGAAACUCCAAAAAUUGAGAGUCCCAAGAAGGAAACAGCCACAGAUGAGCCACAGAAAAAGGAGGAAACAAAACCUGAGUCAGAUGAAAAAGCCAGCAAGGAUGAAAAGUCUGAUGAGAAGAAGACAGACAAAAAAGAUGACACUGAAAAGGCAGAUGAAGACAAAAAGGAGCCAGAGAAGAAAGAGCUAGAGAAGAAAGAUGUCAUCUCAAAUGGAGUGGAUGAAAGCCCUACCAAGGAUGACCCUAGCCAAAAGGUUGUCAUCACCAAAACAGUGGAGACCAUCACCACUGGUGAGGAUGGAGCCCAGCACGUCACCAAGUCUGUCACAGUCACUGAAACAGUGAAAGCAGUAGAAGAGUCAGUGGAGGAGAAGAUAGUGGCCACCAAGAAUGUGGAGAAAGUCUCCACCCACACCGUGAAGCAGAUUACAGAGAAUGAGUAAAGAAGCACCGCAAAGAGAAGAUGACGAAGACGCUAGCACUCCAACCCAAGCUAACUUUACCAAGAAACCAUAAAGCUAGAUUACAAUGUAUCUAAUUACAUUAACCACUCUGAAAAUUUAAUACGAUUUAACUGAAACAAAAAAUAUGCAUAGAGAGAAGCCAUAUGAUGCGGCGAGCUAAAAAUUUAAAUUGCAUGUUGAGUGACAGCUUUAAAUUGGUUUUGCUGCAGAUGCUGUGUAGGUACCAGGGUCUCGAACGUCUUCCUUUCUGUCUGCAAUACCUGAGGGGUGGGCAUAGAGGGUGGGCUGGGCAUUUGGGGUGGGCGCGUCUGCAUGCCAGCUCAGGGGGGAGCAUGCUCCCCUACUCUUCGGGGUAGAAAAACAAUCCGUAUGUAUGAAAGCAAAUCAGAUUUGCACAGCUUAAGAAUGUAUGCUGAGAGAGUGGCAGAAAUAUAUGUGAUGUCAACUGCAGUUUGUCUUGAGGACUAUUUGAGUGUGACAAAAAUAUCUGCGUUCCAACAAAGUAGCCUUACUAAUAUAAAAGCGUGAGGACACACUGACUGAGCCAAACACAACAAUCACAAAAUACAGUUUGAAACUAAGGAUGAUACAAGCAAGUCCAUGAUCAUAUUCAUACAGUACAUAAAGCAAUUAAGAAACUCCCUAGCCUUAAACAUGCUUUUUACUGUUGUCUAUUAUGUUUACGUAAUGAGUGCAAAUGACAAUAAAAACCCAACAAUGUGCACAUACAUUCUUGUAUGCAUAGAAUGAACUUGAAAUAUACCUUCUUACACAUUAAUGAGGUGCUACGGUUUGCAAUCCCAUGUCUUCAGUCAUCGUUAUGCAUUUCAGCAUAUGCUCAAUAAACAUCAUAUAGAAAUGUA